GUAGAUCCAUGCUGCCAGGUCCAAACCAAAAGAGCAUCCAAGAUCUGUGAACAUAACUUAAUUUCCUGUUGGACAAAGGGGAGGGGAGUGCUCCUAGAACCAACAAAAACAGUUACAGAAAUGAGCUGCCAUUUUUCUGUCUGGGGAGUUUUGGCCUUCCUGAGUUUGGCUCUCAUUGUUUCAUUGACACUGAACAUUUUACACUAUUUGAAAAAGAAGAGAGCUAAAAUGCAUAAAGACUACGAAGAGAACAAUCCAAGCUAUGAUGACUAUCCCACAGAAGAUUACCCAGUUUAUGGCAAUCUCAAUCAAGAUAUUUUAGAAGAAUGUUGUUAUGAGCAGAUGAAGUCCCAACCUCAAAGGCCAGUUAACCAGCCACAGGUGGAGUCUGCCAGUCAAAUGUGUUAUGCCUCACUUGAUCACAGUGUCAAGGGAAAACGCAGAAAACCAAGGAGAAAGAAAGAUCCUUCAUUAGAGGAAGAUGAAGAAGAAAGAUCAUCUAACCCCACCAUGAUGGCUUCCAAAGCAAGCAUUUACCUCAAUAGUGAGCAGCUGGCUGCUGAAAACACAGCAAAAGUAGAAGCCAUUCAUGAUGACCCCAUCAGGUUAAUGGGCUUGAUCCAUAAGCAAAAGGAGAGAAUAUCUGAAGUGGCUUCCUGAACCAAAAAUGUAAUCAUAGAGUGAGAUGUGCUUUUUCAUUCUGGAGGAACAGUGAAUGACUAGAGAUUGUCAAACUGUCAAACUGUCGUACCAAACAAUGAUUUAAAAUGGGUAAGUGUUCCAAAGUGUCUUCCAAGUAUAUUUAAGGACUAAACAAGAAAUAAGUAUAGGUCUAGACUGCCACUUUGAAGGAUCUGCCCUUCUGAGGACAAUUUGAAAGAGUUGUGGAAUCUGGUAUUUCAGCAUUCAUGUGGUAUUGAUCCCAGCAAAAAUUAAUCCUAUGUUUUUAACAACCAGCUUUCAAACAUUCCCAAAAGACCCACUAAUGGUCUGUAGAGCUCUAGCAGAGUACAACUAUUCUAUAUAGGUUUUAUCAAUACUUCUGAAAGGAAAUUUUUUUCAUGCU